AUGGAGCACAAGUUCGUCCUUACUGACUACCUCAAAGAGGCUAUGGCCCUGGCUGUUUAUGAGGACUUGGAAGAAGACGGUUUUGCCGGAAGGAUUCCUCCAUGUGCGGGUGUAAUAGGGUUUGCACCUACCUUACUUGAGUGCAAGCAAGAGUUGCGAUCAGUUCUGGAAGAUUGGAUGCUCUUGGGAUUCAGGCUUGGACAUGACCUUCCAGUGGUUGAUGGGAUUGAUUUGAAUCUCGAGGCAAUUAGUGAACCGGUGGAAUCCCUGUAG